AUGGCCACACCGCCUGACGCGUUCCGAGGAUCCGAGGCCUGCAACGCACGCGGGGUGCUGCUGCUGCCGCUCCACAUCCAACCGCACCCCCCGAACGCACGCCCCUCGAGCCGCUCGACUGCGUUUAUCUCGAGGCCGCUCUCCGGCUCCCUUCUCUUCACACCACCAUCGACCGCUUCCACCGCUGCUUGCAUUCAUCACACCAUGUCGGGCUCGAAUAUCCACGUCGUCGAGCAUCCGCUCAUCUCGCACCACCUCGCCAACUUGCGUCUGGCCGACACUUCCCCAAAAGAGUUCCGGUCGUUGGUCAAGAACAUCUCGUCGGUGCUGUGCAUCGAAGCGACGCGCUCGCUGCCCGUCAAGGGCGUUCAGGGCCAGGGCCCGCUGGCGACGUUUCAGGGCGAGCAGCUGGCACCACGCCUUGGACUCGUGCCGAUUCUGCGUGCAGGUCUGGGCAUGACCGAGGCGUGCCUGGAGCUGCUGCCGGAAAACACGUCGGUGCUGCACAUCGGCCUCUUCCGCGAAAAGGUCUCGCUCCAGCCAGUCGAGUACUACAACAAGCUACCCGUAUCGCCCACGGUGGAUCAAGUCAUCAUCCUCGACCCACUCAUUGCCACGGGUGGCACUGCCGUCGCGUGUAUCCAGAUGAUCCUCGACUGGGGCAUUCCGGUAGACAAGAUCAAGUUCCUCUGCGUGCUCGCCUCGCAAAAGGGUCUCGAGCACGUAACGGAAUCCGUGCCUGGGCUCGAGAUCUGGGUGGGCCACGUCGACCCCGAGCUGAGCGAAAAGGGCCUCAUCCUCCCAGGCCUCGGCGACACGGGCGACCGCAUGUUUGACACGCUCACCUAG